CAAUCACCCACACCAGCAUGCGGCUCGCCCUCCCCUCGCUCCUCCUCCUGGCUCCCCUCGCGCUGGCGCGCACAGCGGCCGAGUGGGCGUCCGAGUCUGCGCGGUCGCGCGACGGCGUGAUCCACCUGCCCUCGAGCGCGGCAUACGACGAGCUCGUCAACGCACUGGACAGGGACUACUCCGUGACCGUCGUCCUCACGGCCCUGCCAGAGGCGUACAAGUGCGCGCCGUGCCGCACGUUCGACCCCAUCUUCCGCACCGUGUCCGACAGCUGGCGCCGCAAGGCCCCGAAAGGUGUGCGCGACGAGCACGUGUUCGCCGAGCUCGACUUCUCCGAGGCGGGCGAGAUCUUCCAGCGCCUCGGGCUGACCUCUGCGCCGGUCGUCUACUUCCACGGCAAGGACGGCAAGACGAAGACUUAUGACUUGAACCGGAGCGGCCUCGGCCUCCCAGCGCUGCACACCUGGGUGCGCAGCACGACGCCGGUCCAAUUCGACCUGUACAAGCCGUUCAACCCGAUCCCGCUGAUUAUCGCGCUCGCGGGGCUCGCGUUUGUGGGGUACAUCCUCUAUGCGGCAUGGGACAUUAUCCUGCCGAUUGUGCAGUCCCGUUUCCUGUGGGGCCUGGGCACGAUCGUCCUCUGCCUCAUCUUUACGAGCGGGUACAUGUGGAACAAGAUAAAGAACGCGCCGUUCGUCCAGGUCGGGCAGGACGGCAGGAUUAAUUGGAUCGCGGGGGGGUACUCGAACCAGCUUGGACUCGAGUCCCAGGUCGUCGGCGCGCUGUACGGCGCCCUCGCCCUCUGCAUCGUCGUCCUCACCGUCGUCAUCCCCGCCCAGUCGUCCCCCGUCAAGCAGCGCCUCGGCGUCUUCCUCUGGACCGGCAUGCUCAUUGUUCUUGCGUCGAUGCUGUUCAGGCUCUUCAGGCUCAAGAACGGUGGAUACCCCUUCCACCUGCUCUAACCGCGAGCGAAGCGAGCGGGAUGUACGUGGCGAGGCCGCGUCUCGACACGCCCACCGCUCAACACACAACAUGGGUCCGGCGUAUGCUGCCAGCAGCACACUCACACCCGCCCCACCCAAUACCCCACGUAGAAAAGCGCUGUGUGCGCCUAGAUGCAGCCAU